CCUCCUUUCUGAUAACACCGGCCGGUGCAGACCACUGGUUACCAGCUCCCUCUUGUGAAGUGACGGUCUUCCUUCGUUUGCUGUGCUAAGUGAUUGAUUAACAAUUAGAAUGGCCAACCAAAGCAAACUGUUGACUGUAAACAUCGACUCCAAAGUCAUGAAAAAGGCGGCGAAGGCGCUGGUCUCCAACGUACUGUUGCGGGUAGCGGGGUGGGUGGUGGGGACCGCCUUUGAGGCGGCGUGCGUCUCCCGCAGCCUCCAGCACACCGUCGGCGCCUGGCACGCCGCGGGGCCGCACACCACGAGUGUCGGGAAGGUGCGCCAGCUCCUGGCCGAUCUAUGGGUGCUGGCCGCCCCGCGGGACCCCCUCAGGGAGUGCGGCGUCCUUGCCGGCAAUGACAGCUGGUGGACGGUGUUCUGGGGCCUGAGGGAGGCGGGGGAGCGCCUCGCUUGCCUUCAGCUGAGGGUGGCGCUGGCCCACGAGGAACACGAGGCCUUCACGAGCAACCUUGUGCUGGUCUGCGUGCUGCUCUUCACGGGCCUUGCUUGCUGGGCGCUGUGUGCGCUGCGGGGAGCGCGGCGACCACGGGAAACGGUGGCCGCUGCGGCCACUGCGGCGUGCACGGCGGGCCCAGAGGAGGAGGAGUUUGCCUCGGCCGAGGAGGAGGAGGAGGAGUAUGCCUCGGCUGAGGAGGAGGAGGAGGAGGAGUACGCCUCGGCUGAGGAGGAGGAGGAGGAGUACGCCUCGGCUGAGGAGGAGGAGGAGUACGCCUCGGCUGAGGAGGAGGAGGAGGAGGAGGAGUAUACCUCGGCUGAGGAGGAGGAGGAGGAGGAGGGGGAAUAUGCCUCGGCUGAGGAGGAGGAGAAGGUGGAGUUUGCCUCGGCUGAGGAGGAGGUGGAGGAGGAGGAGGAGAAAAAGGAGGAGGAGGAGAAGAUAGAGUUUGCCUCACCUUUGAAGGAGAAGAGGAAGCCUGAGGACGCCACUGAAGUUGACACGAAGUUGCACGAAGGUGCAACCUGCACAGAAAAGGUGGCGAACGUGACGGCUGUUCUGGAAGGAGAAGAUCCACGGCCAUAUGAGGACCCUCAGGAUGAUAAGGUCGAGGACUGUCAGGAGGAAAUGCCUGACAGCCUCAGCGAUGCCUCCCAUCUGCCUCGUCCCGCCCAACAAAACGAGGAUGUGGCGGCCAAGACCUGGGCCGAGGAGGUGGACGACGCCUUUCCUAUCCCCGAAGAGUGCCUGCAGCACUGCGGCCCCGACGAAUGGUCGCUUGUGGCCGACCACAAAAAGAACCGAGGGAAGCACAAAGUCGCGACGGGCCAGCAGGACGACACCCAGACCCGCUGCAGGCACUCAGGCACGCAGGCACCACCUUCAGACACACAGGGCCGCCCUUCAGGCACACAGUCCCUACCCGCAAGGACUCAGUUCCAGGGUUCUAAGAGUCAAGUCCGCCCUUCAGGCGCGCGCAGAAGACAUCGUAAGCGCGCAUCAGGCACGCCCUUCACCCGGUGCUGGGCCGCGUUGGUGAAGGCGCCCAGGCCCGAGGCGGCGGGGGGGACACCCUCCCCUCCCCACACCCAGGCCCGCCCUUCAGGCACACAGACGCGCCCUGCAAGGCAGGCCCGCCCGGCAUGUAGCAAGGCCCUCCCCUCGGGGACCCAGAACCGCCCGGCAUGUGGUCAGGCUCGCCCUGCAUGUGGUCAGGCCCUCCCUUCGGGGACUAAGGCCCGCCCGGCAUGUGGCAAAGCCCGCCCUACAUGUGGCAAGGCCCUCCCCUCGGGGACUCGGGCCCGCCCUGCAAACGGUCAGGGCCUCCCUCCGGAGACUCGGACCCGCCCUUCAGGCACGCGUAGAAGACAUCGUAAGAGCGGAUCAGGCACGCUGGCCCGAGUGUGUCCACGGGUCCAGACUUACACAGCGGCGCCCCAACCCGUGCCCCUCACCCGGUGCUGGGCCGCGGUGGUGAAGGCGCCAAGGCCCGAGGCGGCGGUGACACCCUGCCCUCCUAACACCAUGGGCCACUCUUCAGGAACUCAGAGUCGCCCUUCAGGCAACCAGGCCCGCCCUUCAGGCAACCAGGCCCGCCAUCCAGACAACCAGGCCCGACAUCCAGCCAACCAGGCCCGUCAUUCAGGCAACCAGGACCGUCAUUCAGGCAACCAGGCCUUUUCUUCAGGCAACCAGGCCCGUCAUUCAGGCAACCAGGCCCGCUAUUCAGGCUACCAGGCCCGCCAUUCAGGCAACCAGGCCCAUUCUUCAGGCAACCAGGCCCGCCAUUCAGGCAACCAGGCCCAUUCUUCAGGCAACCAGGCCCACCAUUCAGUUCAGGGGCCAGCUCAUGGUUAGUUCCACGCCUGAUGAUGAUGAUGACAAAAGUUUCAAAUGAAGGGAGUUUCACGAUUUUCUG